AUGGGAAACGCUCCCACUACCGAAGAGCUACAGGCUCGCAUUUCGUCCCUAGAGAAAGAAUGGCAGAUUUCCGAAGACCUAUUGGCCGAGUCACAGCGUGACAACGAAAGCAAGCAGCGUUCCAUCGAAGAGCUUAGAUCAUACAUAAAGGUGAACAUGACUCCGAUGACUGCCGUGUCUUGGCUGAUGGAGCGUAGGAAAUGGAGAAAUUACUUGAGACCAAUCUGGGGCCCGACUGGCACGUGGGCUUCUCAUAAGAUCCAACCACCACCACGACCCAGCUCCGUCCGCCUGACAGCGUCUACUCCAUUGCCGCCUCCAACCCCCAACCAGCUACGACAUUCGACAUCCGUGACAUUUACAAGUAAACGUGCGAGUAAAUCUCACUUUCGCCGCGUCUCUGCGUUUGACCUAUCCCCGCUUCAUGGGAUCUCAGAAGGCGGUGAUGAGAUAGACUCCACCCCCACCGGCGCGUUGAAGAAACUUGUUUACGGAUCCCCACUGCCACAUUCGAGUGCGGAUACGCCACCUGGUCAAGGCCACAAACUCGUCAUAACAUCUCAAACACCUCAUCAAGACCAAGAAGCAACCCCAAAGACUUCCAGGAUUGCCAUGGGUUCAACUCAGGGUCCAGGGACAGAGCCAAUAUCUGAGCCCCUGAUGAUUGAUCUUCUGGCAUCAUUGAACUCUCUGCCGAGUCGGAUCAUUGAUGACCUCUCAGUUCGUGGAGUGACCGCCGAAAAGUGGAAAUCACCUCGAAGCGAUACUGGAUCUGUCAAGUUGGAAAAGUUGAUAACUACUGCGGAGAGAAGAGCAAGUAAUCGGGAAGCCCAACUCAGAGUUAUGCUAUCGAAUGCCAUGACAGCAGCAAAACAAAUAGGAGUCAUUUUGGAUGCAUGA